GGAGCGAGAGGGGCGCGCGUGGCAAGCAACACCGGCCACAGCAUCCGUCCCGCGUCAGGUCAGUCGACUGCCUGAUUCCGCGGCGCGUGGUUGUAUCUUCGCACUAGGAGCAUCGUCGAGCAGCGAGCAAGUGCGCGUUUAUGCGAUUAACUUAAUUUCGAUUUUUUUAAGUAAUCACCGAGUCAGUAACGGUCUAUUGUCUCUCUCCGUCUUCUUCGAUAUUACAGUAUCGAGAGACGGAGCGCCGCGAUUGAAGUUAAGCGACGGGAAGAGCCGGUCGUAAAAUCUCGCACGCGUGGCUGUCGUUACCGAUGUGAUCUAUAGCGAACUGAAACUAUUCCAGGCGUGAAUACAAGGUUAUCCGGCGCGAUUCUCAGUGACUUCCGGCGUUUUAUCGUUCGUCACGGCAGAUAGAAGAUUCACGAAGAUUUUUCCCGCGAUCGAGUGAUAGCUGUAGGCGCAACGCGAGGUCAUCGGAAGGACAGAAAGACACGGACCGGCGGACUUUUCCAAUGAAGAUACCUUGCUUCCCGAAAACAACGCAGAAGUAACGCAGGAGGAGGAAAAAUAUUUAGCAGCCACAAGAACGAGCACCGGUUGGAGAUGAGGAAAGCGGCUCUGUUAACCGUCGUAACGAUUUUGCUGUCGGUGACGGCACACGAUGCCGCGGCAGAACUUUACACCGCUUUGGCGGAUAUGGAGGAGCUGCUGGAAACGGAAGCCGUGCUGAUUGACACGCUAAACGGGUACAUCACGGCACAGGAGCAACGAUUGGCGACUCUGCGAAGAAACGUGGAGGAUUACGCGAGGGAACACGAGGAGGCGUCCAGGAAUAUCCAGCAGUAUCUAUCGAAUCCCAUAAACGCUUAUCUGCUGGUGAAACGGUUGACCACCGAUUGGAAAAAAGUCGAAGAGCUGAUAACCGAGGAUGUCGGCAAGUCCUUCGUCGCGAACAUCACGAAUUCUAGGAGCGAUCUGAAAUUCCCGACUGACGAGGAUCUCAACGGCGCCGCAGUGGCUUUGAUGAGGCUACAGGACACGUACAAGCUCGAAACCGCGCAAGUUGCGAGGGGCGUCCUGAAUGGUGUGCAAUAUAGCACCGGAUUGACUGCAAGCGAUUGUUUCGAGCUGGGCCGACAAUCCUAUCACAAUCGCGAUUACUAUCACACGGUUUUAUGGAUGCAAGAGGCCAUGGACCGUCUGCAGGAGGAGCAAAACGCCACUACCACUUCCAAGCCCGACAUCUUAGAAUACUUGGCGUUUUCAACAUACAUGCAAGGUAACGUCGCCCGCGCUUUGAGCAUGACGAACGAGCUGCUGGAAUUGGUGCCGACACACGAGAGAGCGCUCGGAAACCGUGCGUAUUAUCAAAAGGAGAUUCAAAGCAAGGCCAGUCAGUCGAAGAAGAAACGGGGCGAAGACGGGCAGGACGACACGGCGAUACCUGAACAGAACUUCACUGUCGCGGAGGAAAGGGUGAAAACGUGGGAGGAGAUGACGGAGAGGGAGAGGUACGAAAUGCUUUGUCGCGGCGAAGUAUCUAUUCCGCCGGAGGUGGAGAAGAAUCUCAAGUGUCGUUACGUCGACCGUGGAAUUCCCUUCCUGAAAAUCGCACCCUUCAAGGAGGAAGAAGCGUAUCUGGAUCCGAGAAUAGUUGUUUAUCACAACGUGAUCUACGAUGAGGAAAUCGAGACGAUCAAGCGAAUGGCUCAACCUAGGUUUAAGCGCGCCACGGUGCAGAAUUACAAGACUGGUGCCUUAGAGAUAGCGAAUUAUAGAAUUAGCAAGAGCGCGUGGCUCCAGGAACACGAGCACAAACACGUAGCGGCGGUAAGCAAACGCGUGGAGCAUAUGACUAGUAUGUCCAUCGAAACCGCCGAGGAGCUUCAGGUUGUGAAUUACGGCAUCGGCGGUCACUACGAGCCGCAUUUCGAUUUCGCUAGAAAAGAAGAAACAAAUGCGUUCAAGAGCCUCGGGACCGGUAAUAGAAUCGCAACGGUUCUGUACUAUAUGAGCGAUGUUGAGCAAGGAGGCGGCACCGUGUUUACCGCCAUUAACAUCUCGCUUUGGCCGAAAAAAGGCAGCGCGGCAUUCUGGUACAAUCUUAAGCCUAAUGGCGAGGGAGAUUUCAAAACUAGACACGCGGCCUGCCCAGUACUUACAGGAUCCAAGUGGGUGGCAAACAAAUGGCUACACGAAAGAGGUCAAGAGUUUCAUAGACCCUGCACGCUGGAAAACCAGGCGACGGACGAAGUAGACGUCAGGCACUGAAGAGAGCAUCUUCCGUGACUCCGACAGAAGAUAAACAAAAGAAGCGCAUACUAAGAAAUAUUUCGGACCCUUUGUUCUGAAUAAAGAGACAUUUUAUUCUCGCAACGGUGGCGACUCUGUAAGAAGGCACGCGCGGUACGAACUGUCGUUUGAGGACGAAUGAGGACGGUUCGGUCCGCGUGUAAAAAGCGACAGUGCAAUUUAGCAUAGGUAAAUCGCGAGAUCGCUUCUAACGCUUUCGAGUAUGUCACCGGCACGGUUCGCGCAGUUUAACAUCCAUAUCGCAGACAUGGUGAUAUCGCUUACACGAUGAUCCUUUUUGCUGGUUUACUGUGGAACACAAUUCCUCGCAUUACGACAGCGAUUAAUGUUUCCUUAAUCUUCGAGAUAUCUUAACCGCAAGCGAAAACCGGUAAAAAGCAACGAAACUAUACAAACAAGAUUAAAAUCGGUCGCUUUGUUUUCCCGUGUCUUUUUCCUUUGCUACGGCUCUCCGUAAGCGUAAAUUGUUGCUGCGCAAUGUACGAAUCGCGGCAACUGCAGUAACAAAGUUACUUUUUCACCACACGGGUUUGCACAAGGUUUUGCUUUCAAUCCGAUUCAGCGUUGGCUGCUCAUCAUCUUGCAGUUCGCAGUAAAUGUAACGCAGAAGUGUUUGGAGUUGCCGCAUGAGCGCCGCCGCGGAUAUAAAGCGGAGAGAGUGGAAAGAACAGGCUUCCGCAGGCCGUUGCAACUUUUGUUCCAACGAAAUAAAAACGAGAGAAACGAACGCAGAGAGCGCGCGCAUGGUUUUACCGGUUUGUUGCAUCCGGAGUUUUACAUCGUUUUACACGUUUACACGUUUAAACGGACUUUUCAUGAGAACAAGGCACGCUUCGCCGUUCGCUACGCGUAACGUUAAUUGUUUCUACGAGAGUAGCCAAUGUACUAAGAUAUUACUACACGUCAUAGCCAAAGCAAUAAUAAAUUGCGCACGUUCUGGCCAGUCCCCUCUUAUCGUAGAUAUAGUAUAAUGUAGAGCAGUGAAGAGCGCGAUGUAAUCAUUAGCUCGUAGAUUAAUUGUAAUUUAAGCGUGAUCGUUAACGCGAACCUCCAAAUCGCAGGGAGAUCGCAUUUCGAUUCUGACAUUAUCGUGCAAUAACGAAGUACUUUCGCCGUGAUACUGCGCUCGAGAAUUUCGCGACAGAUCGUUUUUCGUCAGCUGUAAAUAGCGAUGGCAUGUGAUCCUGUAUCGUCCGAUCUUUCCGAUCGAACUAGGCUGUAUACGAAUUGUUUGUAAAAAGGAGGACAAUGCUAUUCGGCGGUGAUGCCAAUGAUGUAAUAUACAUAUAUGAGAAUAAGUUGCAUGUAAGAUCGUUCUAUUGUAGCGGUACUCAAAUUAUCAGCCUUUUUGUAACAAAAUAAGGAUUUAUAUUGUUCAAAACGUAAUAUACGUACGUUUAUUUUCCUGAGAAUUAUGUAAUCAUGCAGAACUAAAUAAAAUAGCGUGUUUGAUUGAAAAAUUAUCUUGAAAAAUUAUAUAAGUGCCAAAUUUAAGUUUUU